AUGUCGGAGAACAUUCCUGAUGCUCCUAUCGAUAACAGACCUGACGACGUCAAGGCUGAUCUCGAAUACGGCAAGUUGACCUCCAAAGACCAUUUGUUUGUGUCCAAACACCCAAUCGGCGAACCGCUCCCGACCCCUAUCGACGAUGAACCACCUUUGGUCAUUCACUUGGCAACCUUCGUCAGCUACUUGAUUUUGAUCUUGAUUGGCCACAUCCGUGAUUUUUUCGGUAAGGUCUUCAAGCCUGAGGACUACGCUGACUUGGUGGAGAAAGAUGGCUAUGCUCCAUGGUACGAUGGCUUUGAGAACUUCUAUGUACGUCGGUUGAAGUUAAGAAUCGACGACUGCUUCGCCAGACCCGUCCACGGUGCCCCAGGCAGAUACAUCAAGUGCUUUGAGCGUGAGAGAAAGGGCAAGAGCUACUCUUACACUGGUGAGUCCAGAGAGUGCUUGAACUUGUCCUCCUACAACUACUUGGGCUUCGCUCAGUCCAAGGGUGUAUGCACGGAUUACGCAACCAACAUCUUGGAUAAGUACGGCUCCUCGUCCUGUGGCCCAAGAAAUGCCAUCGGCACCACCGACUUGCACAGAGAGUGUGAGCUGGUGAUUGCUGAAUUUGUUGGCAAGGAGGAUGCUAUUGUUGUGUCUCAAGGUUACGGUACCAACGCCAGUUUGUUUGCUUCUUUGGUCGACUCUUCCUGUCUUGUCAUCAGUGACUCCCUUAAUCACGCUUCCAUCAGAUUCGGUAUCCGUAUCUCUGGUGCUGUUGUUAAGGUGUUUGAGCACAACGACAUGGCAGACUUGGAGAAGUUGAUAAGAACCCAGAUUGCUCAGGGUCAACCCAGAACGCAUCGCCCAUGGAAGAAGAUUAUCAUUGCUGUCGAGGGUCUUUACUCGAUGGAAGGUAACAUGGUCAACUUGCCUCGUGUGAUUGAAUUGAAGAACAAGUACAAGUGUUACCUUUUUGUGGAUGAGGCCCACUCGAUCGGCGCCCUUGGCCCACACGGCAGGGGUGUUUGUGAUUACUUUUCCGUUUCCCCAUCUCAAGUUGAUAUCUUGAUGGGUACCUUGACUAAGUCUUUCGGUGCUACAGGUGGUUACGUUGCCGCCGAUAAGUGGAUCAUCGACAAGAUGAGAUUAACCUACUUCAACAUGUUGGGUCAGAUCAUUUCUUCCUUGCAGGUUAUCAACGGCACGUUGCAUCCUGGUGAGGGUGAAGAGCGCUUGAAGAGAAUUGCCUUCAACUCCAGAUACCUCAGACUCGGAUUGAAGAAGCUCGGCUUCAUUGUGUACGGUGCCGAUGACUCUCCCGUUAUCCCAUUGUUGUUGUACUUGCCUGCCAAGAUGCCUGCGCUCUCAAGAAUGCUUUAUAACGAGAAGAUCGCUGUGGUUGUCGUCGGCUACCCAGCUACGCCUAUCGCUACCGCCAGAGCCAGAUUAUGUGUGAGUUCGGCAUUGACCAAAGAGGAUUUGGACUACGUUUUGGAGAAGUUCAGUGAAGUCGGUGACUUGUUGCACUUGAAAUACAGCAGUGGCAUUGCCGGCGGUUCUCGCGAGCCUGGUGUGGCACCACGUAUGAGUGUUAAAGAGGUUCUCGAAACCAAUGUGGAAGAUAGCAAACUUCCUCGUUUAUUCUAG